GUUUCUUCUCAAUAUGUAGCAACUGCGCCGCUUGUAUGUAAGAGAGCCUCACAAAUCGUAACUUUGAUAUUCACUAACUGGGUAAUUGAUCUACCUGACACUUAAGGAAAUUUGACUUGUAUGUCCCUGUACAUAUACAAAGACGGAUUAACGCUGUGAAGACCAUUUCAACGCCGAUGACCGUCAGUUGUGUUGUGGAUACGAUACUGAGUGAUACUGAACUGGAACGUAUUCCGAGGGUUUGAUCUUCCGUCCUUUGGCUACAGUAGGAAGUUUGGGGCCUGUUGUGGGCUGUGCAUGUUUGUUCCUCACCAGUGAUUCCUUAUGCUUGAUAGAAGCUGCACCCUUACAGGAUGGAUGGUGUGGACUUAAAGAGACUUGUGUAUCAACAUCAGCACUCUGUGUUCUUCUGUGGUGUUCAAUCUUUUACCAUUUACAAGAGGACACCUCCCAUCCUAUACCCCCAAUCUCUGCACUAUAUUUAUAAAGACCGUCAAUAAAAAAAGACAGCUGAAGGUAGAAGUUGUAAGACUUUCUAUCUUUUUUCUUUUUAAAGCUCAGACCGAUAUUGCUUAUAUAGGCCUAUAUGGCGGAAAUGGAAGUAUCCUUAUUUUAAUUAUUCAGUUAGUGUACCCCCUUACUUAUAGUGUGGGUGGUGGGAUGUCGGGAAAGCUAGACGACAAAAUGGUGAAGUUCCUGGUUCCCCCUCAGAAGAGUGGAAAUGGCCCCAGUUCUGGUUCAGAUUCGAUGGUGAGUGAGGGCCGGCCAACAGAAGUGAGACGCCGGCAUCACACCAUGGAGCGUGAUCGUUGUAACCCCGAACAUCGUUUUCUGCGCCGAAGUGUCAUCAGUGAUUCCAAUGCUACGGCAUUAGCUCUCCCUUUACCUAGCAAGAUCCCCAUCCCUGCACCUCAACGGGUUCAGCUACGAGAAAUCCCCCCACAGCGGCAACUGGCGGCUGUUGCUGCUCAUUUACUGCGUGCUGAACCAAGUCCAGCUCAAAAUGAGGAGACUGCUGUUAGUGGAAGAGAAGGAGUACAAGAAAAAGAAAUAACCAAGGUAGAUGUAGUUCCUUUGGAGCAGGAGCCUGUCAUUGUACAAGAUACCUGUGAUGGAGAGGUGGUGGUAGCAGCCCGCUCCGCACCAUGCUUAGGAUCAGAAUUGCCCAGACAAAUAGAACCUGAAAGCACCAGUGAGGUGAAGGUACCACCUGAAGAAGAAGGGGAGGAAGAAGACAAGGAAACUGCCAAGGCACGAGCAGAGGCAGAGCAGAGAGAAGCUGAGAAGAAAGUGCAGGAUGACAUUGAAGAGGCAGAGACCAAAGCAGUGGGAACAUCACCAGAUGGACGCUUCUUAAAGUUUGAUAUAGAAAUUGGACGGGGCUCCUUCAAGACUGUCUACAAGGGCUUGGACACUGAGACCACGGUGGAGGUUGCUUGGUGUGAACUGCAGGAUCGCAAGCUUUCAAAGACGGAGAGGCAGCGCUUUAAGGAGGAAGCGGGGAUGUUGAAGGGACUACAGCAUCCCAACAUUGUCCGUUUUUACGACUCCUGGGAGGGACCCUCGAAAGGCAGGAAGUGCAUUGUACUGGUCACUGAACUCAUGACUUCUGGCACACUCAAAACAUAUCUGAAGCGGUUCAAGGUGAUGAAAAUUAAAGUGCUGCGGAGCUGGUGUAGACAAAUCCUCAAGGGCCUCCACUUCCUUCAUACUCGGGCUCCCCCCAUCAUCCACAGGGACCUCAAGUGCGACAAUAUUUUCAUCACAGGCCCAACAGGAUCCGUCAAGAUUGGAGACUUGGGACUGGCCACUCUAAAGCGCGCAUCAUUUGCUAAGAGUGUUAUAGGUACCCCUGAGUUCAUGGCGCCUGAGAUGUAUGAGGAGAAGUACGACGAGUCAGUGGAUGUGUAUGCCUUUGGAAUGUGCAUGCUGGAGAUGGCCACCUCAGAGUACCCUUACUCAGAGUGCCAGAACGCAGCACAGAUCUACCGCAGAGUUACCAGCGGGGUGAAGCCAGGCAGCUUCGACAAGGUGGCCAUUCCUGAAGUGAAGGAGAUCAUCGAGGGAUGCAUUCGCCAGAACAAGGACGAGAGGUAUUCAAUCAAGGACCUCCUGAACCAUGCCUUCUUCCAGGAGGACACGGGGGUGCGUGUGGAAUUGGCAGAAGAAGAUGAUGGAGAGAUGGAGCUUAUAAAGCUGUGGCUAAGAAUUGAGGAUGUAAAGAAACUCAAGGGGAAGUACAAAGAUAACGAGGCCAUUGAGUUUUCUUUCGACCUCCUCAAAGACGUCCCAGAGGAUGUGGCUCAGGAAAUGGUUGAGUCUGGUUAUGUGUGCGAAGGUGACCACAAGACCAUUGCGAAGGCCAUAAAGGACAGGUCGUCUCUAAUCAGUCGCAAGAGAGCACAGCGGCAGCAGGUCAGAGAAAAUCAGGAGAAGAGAAGGAUAGAGGAAGAGCAGCAGGGUCAGUUACCCCCUGCUCAGCCACCAGCCCAACUGCCAACAGAGGUGCCUCAGUCCCAGCCCGUGCCCCAGCCCGCUCCCUAUGUCUCUCCACAACCAAACCCACAGAUGGCCCCCCAACCUGCAUCUCAGCAGAGCCUUCAGAGCUCCAACUAUAUCACUCCUCAAUCCACCCAACUGGCCGGCAUGGCGCAGGGUGUCCCUUUCAUCCCCCAGUCAACGGGACAAGUCCCAGUUCAUGUUCAGAGUGUGACCUCCAUCCAGCCGGAGUCAGAGGAGCCUGAGGCGGACCAACACCAUCAACUACAGCACACUGGAGGAGCCGUUCACAUGGGAGACAGACUGUCCGGUUCCACCGUCCCCCCUGAGAUCCAGCCCCCUCAGUCUGGAAUAUCCUACAGCAGCCCUCCCAGUCAGCAUCUUCAGCCCCAGGUGUCACACCAACAGACACAAAAUGACCAAACGCUUCAGCAGCCAUUGUCAGUGGUUCAAACCCAGAUGCCAGUGGUCCACCCUGAAGUUGUUCCUGUGGUUCCCGGCAGCCAGUCGGUUGCCGUGGCUCCUCAGCAGUACGGAGUUUACUACCAACCAUCGCUUCCCCCUCAGAUUCCGACCCAACAAGUGGUGAUACCCCCAUCUUCUCAGACACCCUCACCCCAACAGCAGCAGCAGCCAGAAAGCAGCGCUACUCUCCUGAGCUCCACUCUACCACAGGCUGGAGCUCAGCAGCUACAGUCUUGGGCCAAUGAUCCAAGUCCUAUCCUGUCACCUCCACUCAACGCAGAGCACCUUUACUUCCUCUAUCAGGCCUCUUGCCUCUCUGUUCUGCAGGCCCCUGUGAGUGUUGCUCAGCCAGCCCCAGUGGAGCCAGGGUCCUCUGCUCUGGUGCCUCCAUCUGUAGAAAGUUGCCUUUCGGAUGCAGCUUCAGGUCUUAGUGACGGCAAUGAGGGAGGCUCUACAUCAGGAGGCCGCCAUGAGGGCCGCUCACUGAAGCGUCACCAGCGGCGAUCAGUACGCAGCCGCUCCCGCCAUGAGAAGACUGGGAAGGCCAAGCUCAAUGUUCUCAGUAUCUCAAAUGUGGGAGACAGAGUAGCUGAGUGCCAGCUGGAAACACACAACAGAAAGAUGGUGACCUUUAAAUUCGACCUUGAUGGUGAUAACCCGGAGGAGAUUGCACAGAUCAUGGUUGAGAGUGAAUUUAUUUUGGAGAAUGAGCGGGAGUCCUUCAUUGAGCAGGUCCGUGAAGUCAUAGAAAUGGCCGAUGAGAAAGGAGAGGGCAUGAAGGACGGCUUCCCUCAGAUGAUUGAUCUCCAAAAACAGCCAGAGCUGUCUAUCCCUAUGCUGCCAGGCAUUUCCCCCAUGACUACAGCGCAGGUGGUGCAUUCGGCAGGUCGGAGGUUCAUAGUCAGCCCAGUGCCCGAGUCUCGUCUUAGAGAACAGUUUUUUGGCGGUACUUCGUUUAAUAACUCCUUUGGAGAUGAACCAGCUCCCUCUCUGCCACUGGGCCUGUCUCUGUCCGCUCCUUCUGGGACUUUGCAGCAGGCUUUCAGUAUAAUGAAGCAGGCUCGUCUGGAGAGAGGCAGCACCCUGGAUCCCUCUGAGCAGGAAGCAGGCCCUGUCCCGGCCCCUGAGGCAGGACCCGGCCCCCACUCUAACACUAGCCUCGCUCCUUCAGAGGCUGUAGCUCUGCCUCUGAAAUCCACUGCAACAUCCUCACCAUCCCCCCCAACUGGGAGGGUUUCCCCUCCACCUGCAGUCACUCAGUCCCAAAGCCCCACCCCCGUCACCACUGAUCCCAGUCCCCCUGCUCAGUCAGCCCAUGAAGCAGCCCCCCCACAGCUUCCAUCAGCUGCCAAUAUCCCCCCCACAGCAUCCAGCGUCUCCCCUUCAUCAGUGCAGACCUCCGUCCCUGCAGGCCCCGGGCCCCCGCCUAUCGCCAGUGUUUCAUCCAGUAGUCCUGUCUCUGUCCCUGCUUCAGAGCAGCAGCCUUUUAACGGCACUGCAUCGUCCUCCCAGCCUGUGAAUUCGUCCAUCCCUGCAUCACAGUGUCAGCCCGUCCCCGUUUCUGCUCAGCCCACUCCCCCCACCCCGGUGCCUGGUCCAGCUCAGCCCGGGGAGCCAGAGGGAGCUGAUCUCCAGAACAAAACGGCUGGCAGAGAUGAUAUCCAGGCGCUGGAUAAAAAGCUCCGGUCCCUCUUCAAAGAUCAGAGCUCUGCGUCAGUGGAUCAGAACACCGGCACCUCUUCUCCUCCCACUGGGACUGCUUCCCCUCCCCCCGGCGCCGCCCUGGUGCCCCCUUCAAACCUCCCCCUCUCCUCUGGAGGGCAGAGUGUCCUGGGCCUGACCACCACCUCGGGACAGGGUAUUACUCCAGCAGGACAGACACCUCUAACUAAGUCAAGGGCACAUACUUUACCUACUGGUUUUGACCAAGCUGCUACACCUCCAUCUGAACUUGUACCUCCAUUUCCUGGACCAAAUCAGUCUCAGAAACCCCUGGGUAAUUUAGAAGCCCAGUUAAGGAGAGCUCUGAGCCCGGAGACCGUUCAGGGAGGCAGCAGAGCGCAGUCUCCAGCAGCAGCUUUCACUCUGGGGCGCUUCCAGGUGUCUGUUGCUACUGGUGGUUCGUCCAGCAUUGUUUCCUCUUCUUCCCUCACGCCGUCCUCUACCUCUUCCUCUUCUUCUUCCUCUUCUUCUUCCUCUUCCUCCCCCUCUAGUCCAGAAAAUACCCUCCACCGGUCAUCCGCUCUGUCCAGAGGGGUUUGUGAAAUUGACUCUGGAAAUCGAGCCUCUCCUCUCUCCGCUGACUCUGCCAGUCAGCCCACUACCAUUGGCCGCUUCCAGGUGUCGACAAGCACCAACGCCACGACUGGGACAACCACUGGCUCCAAAGUGGGACGUUUUUCAGUCUCAGUCACCCCCGCUCCAGCUGCAGGCUCCAGUCCAACACAUGGCUCCAGUCUGCAGAACGGUCCCUCAUCGUCAACGUCUGAUCCUCAACACUCACACACCCGCUACAGCAGUGACAAUGAUGAUGACUCUGAGAAAGAGGAUGAAGCUCUGCUCAAAGAAAUAAGCCGUCUCAGAGAAAAACACAUGACGGAGAUCCAGAUAUUGCAGAGUCGUCAGAAAGAGGAGGUGGAAGCCCUGUACACAAAGAUGGGGAAACCUGCUCCUUCUUCAGUCUUCUCCCCUGCUGUGGCCAUGGCUGGAGGUCGACGGCGGCUCAAGAGCAGAAGCCACAAAUCGUCUCGCGGUAGUGGACAGCCCAGCCCCGUGCACUCAGCCUCCGCUCCGAGUCAUCACAGUUCAGGGUCCCCUCCGAAGCAAAGUUCAGCCUCGGCAACAGAGGCCUCGGAGACGGUAGCAGAGGCCUCUCAAGCAGCUAACGCGGUGGCGUCCAUAAAGCAGCUCAGAACCUCUCCAUCCAUGCCCAGCCUCAGCAGUUGCUCCACAGGAUCAAGUGGGAGCGGCUCAACAAAUGGUUCAGGCCCCUGCCAAAACCACUCUGCUUCUCUGACCCAGACGGUUGGAUCCUCUUCCUCUCAAACUCAGAAGGGCAAGGGCACCUUCACGGAUGACCUGCACCAGCUGGUGGAUAACUGGGCGAGGGACGCCAUCAGCCUGUCUCAGUGCAAGAGAGGUCCUAAAGCUGGAGCAGCGGCACCUCUGGGACACGAUAUCGUCCCUCCGGUCAACCAGGGCCGUAAAUUCUCCGCUCCAGGCUACCUGUGCCCAACGCUUCCAACACCUUCUACCACCACGUCCACCGCGUCCACUCACCUCCCCAACCCAGCCGUUCCCUCUGUCCCCAUGGCCCCUCGGAAAGGCUCUCUGGGCCCCAGCCCGCAGGGCUUUGGAUACACCUCGGCCCAGUACAGUGCCACUCAGUGGGCAGGACCCACAGGCACGUCCCAGGUCAGCAAGCUUAACCCCGCACAGCCACUCACGCAGUACCAGCCGCCCACCACAGCCUCGGUGUCCCUGCACCCAGGAUACCACAUUGGAACGACAGCAGCCCCCCAGAACCCAGUGGGCCCCGGAGGGUCCAACCUGAGGCCCACGUAGCCCAGUGGAAGCCCCCCACAGGGCAGACAGUCGUGAACGAGAACCACUAGCUCUUUGUGCAGUAGGCUGGUUGGUCGGCUGGAUAUUGUUCUUUUUAUUUUUAUUUCAACUUUUAUUAUGUGUUUUUUUUUUUCUGUAAUAGAGUGGACCUGUGUGGUUCAUGUCCUCUCAGGCAGAGCGAAGUCUGUCUUUAGAUUCAGAGGAAGAGUGCAAUACACAGCAGUCUCACACCUAGCCUGCCAUCAGCUGUGGAACUGAGCUGUGACGAGCCGUUGGUUUGUGUCUGGUGAUGAAACCAACUGCAGCCAAAGAUGUCUUUUGAGAGCAGACGUUGCAAUGUUUUCAUUCCUGUGAAGAGGAGGAGGAGGAGGAGGAGGAGGAGGAAGAGGAGGAGGAAGAGGAGGAAGAAGGAGGGAUUGUGGGUCACGUCCUACUGGUCCUGACUUAAAGCCGCACUGGGGCUGAAGACAGUAAAACAACACUUAGACACACGUACAGACACACACCGGACUAAAUAUGAACCCUGGUUGACAGACUUGUGAUAACAUGUUAAGUUGUUUCAGAGAGCUAUAGGGGGGAGUGUACAGAAAGUGGGAGAUAACAGUGGGAUAGUUUGUUCCAGAUGGAUUGGCAAAGUGUGACUGGUUGAGUUGGGAGGAGAAAGUUCUGGAAAGUGAGGCAGGAGUGUAAAGGAUAGGGUUGCAGUUUGAAUACAUCCCUAUGAACUAUUAAGUAAAAUGCAAUAAUGGCAAAGAGUAGAUGAACUGUCCCUUGUAACUGUGGCCUUAAUCCCCAACACAUUUAGACAUUGACUUUGUACAUAGAUAUUUCUUCACUGGGUUAUGAUUCCACAUUUAGCAUAUUUAUGUUCCUGUGAGUCUGGUGACAUUGUGAUAUGAGUUGUCACCCAUUCAGAUUUAUUAUACCAGUUUAUUCUUCACGUCUGACAUAUAAACAGUGGAUCGUCCACUACUAAAGUCAUUGUCCUGGUGUUGACCACCAUUCGCAGUGUGAAGCUUGAGAGGUGAUGCUGCUGAAAAUCACAAUCGGGUUGAGGUAGUUUGCAGGGUGUGUUUUUUGUCUUGUUUUACACAAGAAGGAAUUUAGAAUCCAAGAUGACACAUUAAACAGCAUUAGUUUGGCAGAUAUGAGCAGUUCAUUAUCUGCUUAUCAUAUAUAUUGUAGAAAAAAAAUAAUUUUGGUUGAUUUCAAAAGUAUUUGUGGAAGCUUUUAGUCUCUCCCAGUUGUUUACACAGAUGGUGCACAGCGCAUCGAUGAAGUCAUGCUGCAUUAAAUAUGUCUGCUCAUAACAUUUAGCCGUCACGUCUCAAAUCACAAUUGUCUGGGGUUCUCUCUUUCUGUGGUCUGUUUUUGUAUGCGUAUAUUUAAUAAAAACAAAUGUUCUUUAUGGACCUGUAUUCAGCCAUCAGAUUUUGAUGUUGUUUCACUGUAAUUAUUAUUAUUAAAGGUUGUUAAACAACAUGUAGUUAAAGGAAUAUAAAAAGUGCAAUUGCAGGGUUGUUGUCAUUGGUAUCCUACUCAUCACGCAGGAGUAAUCCUGUCGUUUAUUAAGCUCUUCUCUCUAUGACUGCCCUGCCCCCCCCCCAUCCCCCCCAUCCCUUUUUUUUCCUAUUUUAUUGUACAUAUGUUAAUGUGAGGGAAAUGCUUUCACGUAGAGCAUGCUUGUGGUGAACCACUCUACAUGCAUAUGCUCUACUACCUGUAAACAUGAGGAACACUUUAGUGCCUUGCAUCCUCACUAAGGACAAGUUCCAGAUUCAUCGAUUGCUGUAGCUGUGAUUGGUCGGCAGAGAAACAGUUAAGCUGUACACGAUGUAAACACCACAGGUGGCUCCUGCACACAGCCUGUCAGAGGAUGUAACACUCUGAAAGUGUAGACCCCACACAGGACUGCAGAACAAAGAGCAGAGUCAUGUGGAAGCGUUUCUGCUCCGGCCACACUUCCCUUUGUGUUGUGUGAUCAGCUGUGUAUUUAUAUUUGGCUCAUGCGUACGUGGAUUUGGCUGACAUUUGUUUUUGUGGGUUUAUCAUCAUUAAACUGUUUCAUAGACGCACUUGUUCAGUCGGCGGGCGAGCUGUAUAAAGGUUUAAACUUUUUCAUGCUGGUUAAACGUUUGUCUCCGCACCUCACGAGUGCCAUGCUGUCAUUGUGACCCUUUCUCCUGCUCGUAGAUUGGAUGAAUAGUUAAACUUCUCUAGAGAAAAAAUAAGUUACUGCAAUGCAGAAUAUGCAAUGUUUAAAGGGACUGAGGGGUAAUGGAAACAUUUGCAUGCUGAUGAGGGGUUGUUACCGACUUCAAUGUUUUUGAUAUUGGAAUAUUAGAGAUCUUUUUUUUAAUUAUUAUUCUUUGCCUUCCUGAGUCGAUCUGUCCGAUUGCCAUUCACCAAUAUCACAGGCACACCUUUAAUAUCAAACUAUCGCUAAAUGAUUUCUGCAUGCCGGCUUCACUGGUGUUUCAUCUUACAAAUGACUUACAACUGUACAGCACAACGUCACAACAAAGCUCUUAUAGUCCCUCUGCUACAAUCAGUAAUUAUCCCACCUCUAAGGUACUGGCACGCAGUCAUAUCUGUCUAUAUUUCUGAUCCCUCCUAGCUGACUUCCUGUGAUUCAGUGUUUGUUUUGUGUAUGUUUUUCACAUUGUACAAAAUGUAAAAACAAAUAAAAAUACUAUCAAUUAAAAA